UAUUCGUGCGACAACAACAGCCGUCCGGGCAUGACUUUUCCCGUCGAGAUAUUAGGCGCACCGUGAAGAAUUUUGUUUUGUUUUGUUUUGUUUAAUGAUAUCAGUCGGUGUAGUAGUCAGGUCCGGGAUGUCUCUUCACAGACUACUAAGAUGCAAAUACAGUUUAAUCAUUGUCACUGGCACAUGCAGACUCUUCAUGCAGUAUCGUGGAGACAGACACAGAGGUCUUUUUCGACCAGCACAGAAGGAGAGAUCCACAUUACCAAAGUACUGAAGGAGAAGUUUCCCCAAGCCUCAUCUCUCAAAGUUGUGGAUAUAUCUGGCGGCUGCGGAGCGAUGUAUGAAAUCCACAUCGAGUCAGAUGAAUUCCGAGGGAAAAGAAUAGUACAGCAGCACCAGUUAGUGAAUCAGGCACUCAAAGAAGAGAUUAAAGGAAUGCACGGACUGCGGAUCUUCACGGAUGUCCCAAAGAAGUAGAAUCUGCACUAGAGUUCUUCACGUCACCAAGCCCAGAUUCAAGCUGGAAACUGGUGCCAUUUGUUAGACCUGAUUAUCACAUAUGAAGAUAUAUUUUAAGUAUUUACAGAUAAACUAUUACAUGAUAUUUAAAGAAGCUGGAAACAUCUAGGAAACCUUUUAAGGAAAAGGGUUAAUGGGCCUCAUUUAUCAAUCAUUUAAUACAGCUGUGUGUAAAUUUUUGUAGGUUAGACCAAACUAAAAAUUCCUGCCAGAUUUACAAAAGAUUCAGAUUUUCUUUGUACUCACAUGCGUAUGUCGAUAAUACCAGUCAGACGUAAAUUACCAAGUGUGCUCACGACAAAGCUGAUUUACAGUUAGUGAUGCCCACAAAAAGCUCACAGAGCUAAAAAUGACCAAAAAUGAUGACUAAACGGUGAAAGAGUGCCUCCCAAGUGUGGCAUGCACUAAAUCUUCCAGUAUUUCAGCUUUACCACUGCAGCGCAUCAGCCACUAUACUCACAAUAACACUUCCCCCGUGUAGAGGGUGUCAUUACUUUUGUAAUGUAACCUGAUUGAAUGGCUAGUCUUACUCAUCUUAAUUUAUGGAUAUUGUGGACUGUUUUCUUUACAUCGUUAAUCUGAAAUGACUAAAUUUCACAUUCAAAUAAGCAAUUUAAACUUUACCACGUAAUUCGUAUCUAUAGAAUUGCAAUUGUAUGAUUUGAAGCCCAUCAGUCGAGGUUAGUGAGUCUCCUUAUACAUUUACACAAACUCCUAGGAUAUGAAAGUUUUUUCAAACUAAGUGGAUUUUCAUGAAUUUUCAACCACAUUUCAUGUGUAAAUGCUCCGGUGAAAGAUUUAGUUAUAAAUUCUUUGUAUCCAGCUUGAUCAAUGAGGCCCAUUGUUGUUGGAAUUCUACAGUACGCACAAAAUGUGACUUGAAUGCUGCAAUGCGCACAAAAAUGACACAAUAUCACAAAGCCACUGAUGUAGCCUGAGAAAACGACCUAGAAAGCAACUAAGAAUAGCUGUUAGCGUUAUUCACUGAUACACCAAUGAUACUUGACUAAACGUAAAUAAUUGCUUUCAAACACUAUUGCGUUUGUUAUUAUUUAUGACACUUCUGUGUUUUUCUCUGUGCUUUGAUUAGGAUGAUUAGGAACUGAAAGCCAUUAAAUCCACUUCCUUUUCAGUUGU